UUUCUAUACAUUUUUUUUACUACAAUGAAAACUAGUACUUGUCUUCUCCUAGCUUUUGCUUUCAUUUCCUUGGCCAUUUCCGUCCAAUUUUCUGUGGUUUCGGCUACAUCGGAAGCAGCUGUACUUGACAUAAAGGGCCAAGCACUCCGAAAGGGUACCAAAUACUACGUACUACCAGUAGCUCGUGGUAUGGGUGGUGGACUUGUACUAGGUAAACAACUAAAUGGCACUCAAUGCCCACUUCAUGUUGUUCAGGCACAACGUGAGAUCUUAGAUGGAAUUCCAUUGACAUUUACAUCUGUGAAACCUGAGGCACAAAAAAUCCGUGUUUCGACAGAUCUUAAUGUCAAAUUCUCUGCUAGUUCUAUCUGCUUCCAAUCCAUGGUUUGGAGGUUGGCAGAUUUUGAUGAAUCGGCAAGUAAAUGGUUUAUUUCGGCGGAGGGAGUUGCAGGCAAUCCAGGUCUUCAAACAGUCGGGAAUUGGUUUAAGAUUGAGAAAGACGGUGUUAGUAAGAAUACUUAUAAGUUUUUGCAUUGUCCUGGUGUUUGUAACUUCUGCAAAGUCAUUUGUAAGGAGGUUGGGAUUUUUAUCGGUGCUGAUGGAGUUAGACGUUUGUCUUUGGUUAAUGAUGGCGAGAGACCAUUCAGGGUUAUGUUUAAGAAAGCAUAAUCAAUGAUGCAUAAAAAAACCUAAGUUGAUACAUCAAAAUCAUGUACUACUUCUUUGGCUUUGUUUGAACUUUGAAUGUCAAAUGUACUUUGGAACAAAUAAAUUAAGAUAAUGUGUUUGCAA